CCGGGCUGGCCUGUGCGGGUCAGCGCCCGCCCUCCUCGGAUCGCCGAUGCUCUGGCGGCGGAAUUUCUGCUGGUGGCGGGGAUCCGGGACCCUGCUAACCAUUUACCAUUUUGGAGUUUAAAGUUUGUCAUCAUGGUAAAGUUUCGAAGAAGGACUUGCAUCAUUUUGUCACUUUUUAUUCUAUUUAUUUUCUCUCUGAUGAUGGGUUUAAAAAUGCUGAGACCAAAUACGGCUACUUUUGGAGAUCCUCUGGGACUUGAUCUUCUUCCAUAUCUUCGUAAACGAACGUCUAACUUGGGAAAAAAUUUGGAUUUCCAAAAGAGUGACAAAAUCAACAGUGAAACAAAUACCAAGAAUUUAAAAAGUGUUGAAAUCACUGUGACACCUUCCAAAGCCUCUGAACCUUACCUGGAAGAACAGUCACCUCCGAAUUAUUACUUACAUGUAUUUUAUUAUAGCUGGUAUGGAAAUCCAAAAUUUGAUGGUAAAUAUGUACAUUGGAAUCAUCCAAUCUUGAAGCAUUGGGACCCUAGAUUAAACAAGAAUUAUCCACAGGGGAAACAUAAGCCCCCAGACGACAUUGGCUCCAGCUUUUACCCUGAGUUGGGAAGUUACAGUUCUCGGGAUCCUUCUGUCAUCGAAACUCACAUGAAACAAAUAUACUCAGCUUCAAUUGGUGUACUAGCCCUGUCAUGGUACCCACCCAAUUUAUAUGAUGAGAAUGGAUUACCUACUGAUGACUUGGUUCCAACUAUUUUGGAUAAAGCUCAUAAAUACAAUCUGAAGGUCACUUUUCACAUUGAACCUUAUACCAAUCGAGAUGAUAAGAACAUGUACAAAAAUGUGAAAUAUAUUAUAAACAAAUAUGGAAGCCAUCCAGCCUUUUACAGGUAUAAGACUAAGACCGGCAAAGCACUUCCUAUGUUUUAUGUCUAUGACUCCUAUAUCACAAAACCUGAAAUAUGGGCCAACUUAUUAACCCCCGUAGGGUCUCAGAGCAUUCGCAAUUCUCCUUAUGAUGGAUUGUUUAUUGCACUUCUAGUAGAAUACAGACAUAGAUUUAAUAUUCUCCAUGGUGGUUUUGAUGGAAUUUACACAUAUUUUGCCACAAAUGGUUUUACAUAUGGCUCAUCAUAUGAGAAUUGGAAUAGUCUAAAAUCCUUUUGUGAUAAAUACAAUCUAUUAUUUAUCCCAAGUGUGGGUCCAGGAUACAUAGAUACCAGCAUCCGCCCAUGGAACUCUCAGAACACUCGGAACCGAAUCAAUGGGAAGUAUUAUGAAAAUGCUCUGAAAGCUGCACUGCAAAUUCAGCCCAGUUUAAUUUCCAUCACCUCUUUUAAUGAGUGGCAUGAAGGAACUCAAAUUGAAAAAGCUGUUCCGAAAAGAACCAGUAAAACUGUAUACCUGGAUUACCGACCUCAUAAACCCAGUCUUUAUCUAGAACUCACUCGCAAGUGGGCUGAAAAAUACAGUAAGGAAAGAACAACUUACGCACUAGAUUACCAGGUACCUGUUUCUUAAAUGCCAUUUAUCUGUGAUAAAAUGGACUUUAUCCUUGCCUCCCUUCACAUUGCUGCACUGAGUAAAGUACUGGGUAAAGAUAAUAGUCCUUGUGGCAUUAUUUGCUGAAAUUCUGGUUUGAUAGCAAUAUAAGAGGGUAGUAUAUACAGUUAAUACUUUUGGGCCCAAAGAAUUAGAAUUGUGUAUGUAUUUGGAUAUCUAUUGAAGAAAAAAGACCUGAAAUAUAUAGUUCAUGUCUAUCUUGUUUUCCAAGUGGUUGAUGCCUUUGUUGUGUUACUGUUAAGACUUAAGUCUUACUGUGAACUAUAUUGUGUUAGGAAGGCUUGCUUUCUCCAUCACAGUAUGGUUACCUACAGCAUGUUAGAUGUUUUGCAUGUUUCUGCUUUACAUUGCCUAGAUUUUAGAACCUAUGGAAAGUUCCUUCAUAAAAUAGUACCUCUUAUAAUAGUUGUUUCAAAAUUGUUAUGAAGCUCUAAUGCCCAAAAUAUAAUUUCUAAAAUUUUGUCACUUUUUUCAUAUUUUUGCUAAAAACCUUAUUUCUAAAGUUUAAAUUACUAUGUAUGCUAUCCACAUCAAAUAGAAUAAAAUGCACUUUAUUAUAGUAAAAUAUGUAUAUAUGCUGUUACAUUAAUUUCCUAUGUACUUAUUAAAGAGAAGCAAUAGGAUAAUUUUACAGUAAUACAGAUAAAUGCUCCAGAGUAUGAAAACCUUAAAAGAACCCAUCAGGUGACAUUUUGUUUUGAAGUAAAAUACCUUUUUAAAAAGAGGUAUGGUUAAUGUUAAAAGAAUUUGAUAUUUCCUGGAGAAUGGCUAGAGCACAGGAAAUUAGUAAUGUAGAAAGUAGAGGAAAUUACUAGAAUGAAUCACUAUCAUACAAGCAAAAGUCUUCAUAGAAACACUCAUACAACCUGUGGCUUUUUUUGGAGGAGGACAGGAGGCUCAUUGUGAUCUUAGUAUUUUGUAACAUAUCAUACUUCCCAUGCAGACAUCGAUAAUCUACUCCAGCACACUUUACCUCUGACAUUUGCUGUGGUUCCCAACCCACUACUCCAACCAAUAACAAUAAGUCAAAGUAGGUAAGACAGAUUCUGUCUUCAUUGCAGAAAAAAUGUUUGGAAUCUGAUCACAUAAUGGUUUGCUAAUUUAUAAUUGUAUUCUUUUCUUCUGUUUAAAGUCUUUAAUUUUGUUAUUUUUAUAGAGGAAUGCUUUCAGAAAAUCUUCCUCAGGUAUUUAUUACAGCUGCCUUUAACCUUUUGACUUAUAAUAUUAAUACAGUUUAGAAAACUCAGUUCUUUACUCUUAAUCAUAAUAAGCUAAAGAUUUAAAUUUAAUAAACUAAAAAAAACUGUUAAAACGUAACAUAUGCAGUACAUAAAACAUGAUUUUUUUAUGGUUUAAUUAGUCUAAUUGUUUUGACUAUAUAAAAUCUUUCUUACUGCUCCCUUUAAAGGUUACUAUUGUCAAAAACUGCUGUGGUUUAUGUUUACCUCAGUUACAUGUUAAUUUUAUUGUCUGUAAUUAAAAGAUGACUAUUUUGUUAUAUGGAGUAAAACUUUCAUCUAAUAAAAUGAUUUAUCCAGCCAGAACUGUUUUUGCAAGAUGUCAUAUUAGUCUAUGAUAUCCCUUGUGAAAUUCCUCUUCCACUAAACAUGCCAAAUUAACAAACCACAAAAGAACCUGCAAGUUCAUAACCAUGCGUUUUUUUUUUUUUCAGAGUAAACAUGAUGCCUACUAAACAGUCCUUAAAAAAAUCUAUACAUAACCUUUCAA